ACGGGACGGGACGGGCGGGGUCAGCGGGACCGGGGAUCGAGCUGCGGCUGGGCCUGUGGGACACACCUGUCCCGAGCCUCGCUCCGCCCUGAGCGUGACCUCCCCUGGGGCACAGCCGGGGAGCAGCCAGCACCGGGAAGUCCCGGGGGAACCGUUCGUCCUGUCAGGGUGGCAGGAAGGGCCCGAGGGUCUGGACAUACAGACAGAACUUUUUGUUCACAUGGCAGCAGCAAACUCUACUCCCCCUGGUUCUUUGGAUCUAAACCAGCCUGGAUUUGCAAAGGAGAUCCUGGGAACUAAACUGGAGAUCAAAUACCUCUGCUCUGAUUGCAAGAAUAUAUUGAGAAGGCCCUUCCAAGCUCAGUGUGGACAUCGUUACUGUUCCUAUUGUCUGAAAAAAAUUAUAAGUGCUGGACCUCAGAAGUGUGCCAGCUGUAUUCAAGAAGGAAUAUAUGAAGAAGGACUUUCUAUUUUGGAAACAGGCUCAGCUUUCCCAGACAACGCAGCUCGUCGGGAGGUGGAAAGCCUGCCUGCUGUCUGCAUCAACACUGGCUGCACUUGGAAGGGGACUAUUAAAGAAUAUGAGGCUCACGAUGAGGUGUGCCCUGAAUUUCCACUGACUUGUGAGGGCUGUGGGAAGAAGAUUCCAAGGGAAAAGUUUCGGGACCAUGUGAAGUCUUGUGGCAGAUCUAAAGUGCCUUGCAGAUUCAAGGACAUUGGAUGUGCUGCAGUGGUGGAAAAUGAAAAGCUGCCAGAACAUGAAAGCAAGUGUUUGGCAGAGCAUCUCUACAUGCUCCUGAGUGUUGUGCUCAGCCUCAAGGCUGGCUCUGGAGACCUCAAGCACCUUCCUGCCCUUCCCUCCUCACAACCCAACUCACCACUGCUGGCUGCAAGCUCCCUGUGCUCAGAGUCAGAGCUCUCCAGGUCCCUGGAGCUUUUGGGAAGAUGUGAGGCCCUUGAGAGGAAAACAGGGACCUUUGAGAACAUUGUCUGUGUGCUCAAUCGGGAGGUGGAAAGGGUGUCUCUGACAGCUGAAGCCUACAGUCGGCAGCAUCGCCUGGACCAGGAGAAAAUUGAAACUCUGAGUAACAAGGUCCGGCAGCUGGAAAGGAGCAUUGGGCUCAAAGAUUUGGCCAUGGCUGAGCUGGAGGAAAAAAUCCGGAGCAUGGAAGCUUCCACCUACGAUGGUGUUUUCAUCUGGAAGAUAACAGAGUUUGCCCGGAAGCGUCAGGAGGCCAUUACAGGCCGUUCCCCUGCCAUCUUCUCUCCAGCUUUCUACACGAGCAAGUACGGGUACAAGAUGUGUCUGCGUGUUUACCUCAACGGGGACGGCACCGGGCGGGGGACACACCUGUCCCUCUUCUUUGUGGUGAUGAAAGGACCCCAUGAUGCCCUUCUGAGGUGGCCCUUCAACCAGAAGGUAACCCUGAUGCUGCUGGAUCAGAACAACAGGGAGCACAUCAUUGAUGCCUUCCGACCUGAUGUGACAUCCUCCUCCUUCCAGCGACCUGUCACAGAGAUGAACAUUGCCAGUGGCUGCCCCCUCUUCUGCCCUGUCUCUGUGAUGGAAGCCAAGAACUCCUAUGUGCGUGAUGAUGCCAUCUUUAUUAAAGCCAUCGUUGAUCUCACGGGCCUCUAACCCUCCUCACCUCUGGGAGCAGAGCCAGCUCUGAGUGGGGCAGCCCCAUCUGGUGCUGCAGGAAGGUCUUGGAGCAAGGAGGAGGCAAAAAAGCAGAAGGGGAGAAGCCCUUCCCAAAAAGGGAUCUUCGUUCUGAGUGGAAACAAGGUGUCUGAUGGGAAUGUUCUUCCCUGGUGUCAGUGAAACCUUCCCUGAGAAGAGAUCUGGGUGGACGUUCACAGAAUGUGGGGGACAAGAAGAUCUGCAGGGACUCGGGUGUCUGAACUGCCACUACCUGGGCUCCAACUGGAAACCAGUGCAGCUCUUGCUCUACCAGUUUAGUGCACAGCCUCAGUGCUCUGUAGUAAAACAAGGGUUUGGCCUGCCUGAGCACCACCUCGUGUGGAUGAUUUGGCUCAGCCACCCAGGAUUUUCUUCAGAGAUCUCUGUUCGUGGAAGUGUGUGCUGCAGGGGUGCCAUUGCCCCACGCUGGUCUGUGCCUCGGUGGAGGGGAAGGGUUGUGUGGGAGGCUCGGUGCAAGCUGGGCAGGAGAGGUGCAAACUGGUUUGUUUUGCUGCUGUUUCUGUUCUGUGUGUGUCUGCAGAGCUGUGUGCUGAGCCCAGCUGCAUGGCAAGGGGGCAGCAGUGCUCUGAGCUGGGAGUGAAGGUAGGGCAGGCAGCGCCUGGGAAGGGAGCUUGGGGCAGCUCCAGGAAUGCUGGGGAUGAAAGAGAAGUGAAUAUUCCCCAAAGAGUGCCCUGUCCUGUCCCGGCAGACUCUGAGAGUGACACAGGGCUCUGUGCAGGGUGGCAGCACCCCCCCUGUGCAACACAGAACCUUCCAGCUUGUCCCAAGGGGUGGGACAGGCCCUGUGCUGCCCGUGUUUAGGAGGACACCCAGGCCCAGGAAUGCCCCAGCCUGGCAGCAGCUCCUCCCCAGGGAGGCUCCAUCCCAGCAGAGGUUGGGAAUGUGGGAUGUACAAUUGGCUCUGCUUAUGUGACAGAGGAGAAUUUGGUGUGUGGUGUGGAGGGAGCUGGGUCAGAGCUGCUGGGGAUGUCUUUGCUCUCAGGGUGCUGGGCAGUGGGGCUGUUCUGUGCUGUAGAGCUCAGCUGGGGGGCUGAGGUGCUGCCAGGGGGUGGGUGCUGCUUCUCCUGUCCCAGAGGUGGUGGGAGAGUCCAUGGUGCCCCCAGAGCUCAGGGUGCCAGUCCAGGCUCUGGAGGGGACACCGGGGCCAUGGUGCUGCAGAGGGGGUGUUAUGGCAUGGGGGGUGAGCCCCAGUGACAGAAACUUUCACCUUGUGGCUUGAGGGGCAGCCCUGGUGCUGACAAAGCUUCUGUGCCUUCAUGUUUUUAGCAGCCAGUGCACUGCAGGCAGGGAGGUGGCACUGCCCUGGGCCCAGCUCUGCCAGCCUGGCUCACACACCACA